GUUACGGACCAUAGUGCACCGACGUCUGACGCGUGGGCGUUCGCUGCAAAACGCGCGAGAUUUGACGUCAUUAUUUUGAUACUGACGUAAACGUGUCUAGGAGUUAUGCGUAUUUAGUCACCAUGGGUGAACAGACAUUCAAUAUUUCAGAUGACAAUUUGGAGCAGCAUAUAGUGACUUUAUUUGAGAAAUUAGAGACUUUGCGUAGUAAUUCUAAUGAAGCGAGUUUGGGGGGCAGAGUGCCGGCGAGGUUGGAAGUGAGAACUUUAUCUCUGUGGAAAGCUGUAGUUGCUGAAUGUGCAGCGUCUUUCUUGUAUGUUUUUAUCGUGUGUGGUGCAGCAGGUGGUGCUGGUAUCGGGGCAUCUGCCUCAGCUGUGUUGCUUUCCACAGCUCUCGCUUCCGGUUGCGCUAUCGCAACGUUGACUUUAUGCUUCGCUCACAUAUCAGGUGCUCACGUGAAUCCAGCUGUGUCGGCAGCUUUAUGUGUUCGGCGGCGUGUGUCACCGCUACGUGCGGCUCUGUACGUCGCUGCCCAAUGUGGAGGCGCCAUAGCUGGUGCAGCUGCAAUUUACGGGGUUAGCGUACCAGGUUACGCUGGUGGUUUAUCAGCGUCAUUGCCAGCUGGCGGAGGAGCGGCAUGGGAGCGACUUGGUGCUGAACUCUUGCUGUCAGGCUUGGUGGCUGCUGCAUACUUCGCGGCCAUGGAGCGAAGGUGGACUGGCUCUGCACCUGUGUUACUCGGAGCUGCUUAUUGUGCUGCAAGCUUUGUCUCUAUGCCAUCCCUGAACCCAGCCAGAUCCCUCGGCCCUUCCUUCGUUUUAUCACGUUGGGACAGUCAUUGGGUGUGCUGGGUCGGUGGUCUAGGUGGGGGGAUCGCCAGUGCCCUUCUCCACGAGUGGGCAUCCAGGAAACCACGGGCAAACUCCAACUCGAGGGCGUCAUCACCGAGGGAUCUAGAUGAGCUGGACAAGCCAGCGUUCCCUUCGCACCAUCAUUACAGACACGCGUCCACAUACUGCUCAGCAACACCACGACCGGAUACCACUGAGCCUCUGUACUCUGGCUCCAAGUCUCUUUACUGCCGGUCACCACCUCCUGCAAGGCACACUCUACACAGGUCUGAUGGAUCCUCAUGUAAAAUGUCUCAGUCUGUAUACAGUAAAACCAGUUCUGCAGCAGCUGGAUCGCUGGUUGCGGCCCAAUCUUUGCUUUUACGGCCUCCAACUCAUACUGUCACAAUGAACCAGAAUGUGCACAACGCUCAACGUGACCCGCCUUAUGGCACCAAUGUUAAUGUACGACCUGGGCCAGCAGGUGCAGCUGUACAAGAACGUCGGGAAUCAGUAUACAGUGCUGGCACAAGGCGGGGUCCUCUCUCGUCUGAAGACAGCGCUUAUGGUAGCUAUGGCCCCCAACAGCCCGCUUUGCCCCACGCCCGUACUUUUAGGGCGCCUCUUCAUCCGGACCAUUACUAGCGGCGCGCUUCGCAGCACAAUAUUGCGCUGCUGUUUGACGUUUAGUGUACGAUAUGUGCUCUGACUUUGAUGGUGACCAUGCAUAGUGCGACUUUGGGUGAAGGUAUUAUGAAUAGAACGAAGGACGAUUACCCUAUUUUGUUGAGGCUAGAACAUCCCAUGUAUAAAGUUUAGGUAUAACAAUAAUUUCUGAUUAAAUGUGCAAGAAACAAUUGCCAUAUUACAUAUCGUAAUAUCCCUAUCCAAAAUAAUAUAUCUGAAUAUUCUUACAAUUCAACUCGAAAACAAUAUCAGUAUUUUUAUUAUUUAAAGCAUAUUGUAAAUAUUAGAUGGUAAGUCCAUUUAUUGUAUGUGAAUUAAAUUUUGGUCUAACAAACAAAGGAUUAUUGAAAACCGUUUUAUCAUUGCGGUCUGUGAACGUCUUGGUCUUUUGAAUCACAUGGGUGACAGUUCUAAGAGUGACAGUUCUAAGAGUGACAGCUCUAAGAGUGACGGCUCUAAGAGUGACGGCUCUAAGAGUGACGGCUCUAAGAGUGACAGCUCUAACAGUGACUCCUGCAUGUCUAAACGUCAAAUCCUAUACGGAUCUAAUACGGAAGUCAUCACAGUCUUUAAUAUAUAUGAAUGGUAAGCUAAUUUUCUGAACUUUAUAAUAUGCCUAUGUACAUAUGAAAAAGGUUGUUAAUAUUGAAAUAGAUUUCAUAUUUUAAUAUUACAAACGUGUUUUUAAAUAAGGUGCCAUAAACCUUCUUAGAGUUUAGUUAAUAUUUUUACCAUUUAAUUUGAGUAUUUUCAGGGUAAGUCUUUUCGGAAAGAGACUAAUGCUUUAGCCGAUAACACUGAUUUAGUUAUUGAAGUUAUAAUCCUAUGGCGUAACAAGAUAAAAAUAGUUUGUAGUAAAAACGACACUA